AUGGCUGCGGAAUCCAAUUACGACUUUCUGGUAAGUAGUAAGGUCACGGUUGAGCAUGUGCUCACACGUUUGGACGCACGAUGACAAAUGCUCAACCUCUCACUCUUUUCAUGUGCUCCUCUACAUCGCCUGCGCGCACCCACAGUUCAAGGUGGUUCUGAUCGGAGACAGUGGCACAGGUAAAUCCAACCUCUUGUCUCGAUUCACCAGGAACGAGUUCAGCCUGGAGAGCAAGAGCACUAUCGGUGUCGAGUUCGCUACUAGAUCCAUCGCUGUGGAUGGAAAGACUGUCAAGGCUCAGAUUUGGGACACUGGUGAGUGCCUGAGCUCUCCAGGCGGACAAGGAUGUAUGCUUGAUCGCUCGGUGUUGGAACGCAAACGCAUGGAGCCUGGUCGAGAGAUGACGACGAAAGCGGCGACAGGCCACUUGCUGUGCGCGUCUAAAAGGAGCGGUGCUCUUUGGAGCCAUCCGCAGGAUCUCACUGAGGUGUGAGCGCCUCUGCGAUAGCAUGAAAUCUGCAUCCAUAUGGAUUUGCCGCACCUCAGCUGGCUCUCGGCAAGGUCUCACAUGGACACGAGCGCAACCGACCUCUACCACAGCCUAUCAUCCGCACCGUGCAGCUUGGCCGGGUCGUGUCUCAGCAGCGCACAGGCUCGAGGGUUUUGCCUAGAUGAGAAAUUGUACCUGCCCGUCCGAGCGCCUAGCGAUGCUGAUCGAGCACGCGAUUUUGUCUCUCGCAGCUGGCCAGGAGCGAUACCGAGCCAUCACAUCUGCCUACUACCGAGGAGCUGUAGGUGCUUUGCUGGUGUAUGACAUUGCCAAGCACCCGACAUACGUCAACGUCAGUCGUUGGCUCAAAGAGCUGAGGGACCAUGCGGACAGCAACAUUGUGAUCAUGUUGGUUGGAAACAAGAGCGAUUUGCGACACUUGCGCGCUGUGCCCACCGAGGAGGCCAAAGCUUUUGCUCAAGAGAAUAACCUCUCGUUCAUUGAGACUUCCGCUCUCGACGCUUCGAAUGUAGAACAGGCUUUCCAGAACAUCUUGACUGGUAAGUCGGAGUGCGAUAGUGAGGACGAUCUCAAAGUGCGAAUGUCUCACUAGGUAGGCCUUCUCUCCAACCCUCUCAGAAAUUUACCGCAUCGUCUCAAACAAGGCUUUGCAAAGCUCAGACGAUGUCAUCAAGCCCAGCGGCGGAGAGACGAUCACAGUGCAACCAUCGGCAGAUGAUGGAGGCAACGCCAAAAAGGGCGGAUGUUGCUAG